UAAUAAAUAAACAUACGCGUUCUCUUUUAUGAUUACUUAUGCUGAAAACAACCCUACUCCUGGCCAACCUGCUCCUUCACCUGUUGGUUUUGAAAAUGUACCUGUCAUUGAAACACCUAUUGAUCUCAAGGUAGAAGGCUCUAUUCCUUCUUGGGUACAAGGCACUAUGUAUCGUUCAGGAUCUGGAAAAUACAAUAUAUUACUGGAUAAUGGGGAUACAUUUCAUGUGGGACAUCCUUUUGAUGCACUUGCUAUGCUUCAUCGAUUUGUGAUUCAAGGUAAUCGGGUUCAAUACUCAUCUCGACAUACUUCCAAUGGUGUGGAAAGACGAAUCAAGGCACAAGACCCUACUUUAUUGACAUUUGGUCCUGAUCCAUGUAAAACCAUUUUUGGUCGUAUGCAAUCCGUCUAUCAUCAUAUAUCAAAUUUUGGAUCAAAUGCAGUGUUACAAGAAUCUGAUCCUGAAUUUGAUAUGGUCAAUGUCACUAUUACUCCCAAUUUUCCUCUAGGUGAAGUCCUCGAAAAUGAAACAGGUAUCAAACGUGGACAUGGUUUGGUCGUAAAAAGAGAUGCCAAUACUUUACAACUGGUGGAUUCCAAUACUUUACAGCCUCUCAAAAUGUUUACUUAUGCUCACGUCGAUAAGAAAAUUCAAGGUCUCUUAUGCGCUUCCCAUCAUCAAUAUGAUGAAACAGAAAAUGAAUAUGUCAACUUUAUGGUACGAUUAGGUCCUUUUCCAAGUUUCCAACCUUUUAUCACUGGACCUUAUCUUCCAAACACAUCAGUUUCGUUGGAUUCUCCUCUACCUCCCCCACAUACUCGACUCUGUGAACCUAUUUGGCGACAUCUUGGUGCUUGGAAUACGAUGCAAUCUCUCAAACCAUCUUAUAUUCAUUCCUUUAGUAUGACUGAACGAUAUAUCAUCAUACCCAACUUUCCAUACUAUUAUUCUUUUGGUGGUCUAUCUGCUAUUUACUAUUCUUGUGCCUAUCAGACGUUUUAUUGGGAUGCUACUCGUCAUACUUUAUUCCAUGUAGUGGAUCGACAAACUGGACGACAUGUUGCUACUUAUGAUGCUGACCCUUGUUUUUCUUUCCAUGCUGCCAAUGCUUGGGAUCAAUUGGAAACAUUACCCGGUGGACAAACGGAACGUGUGAUUUAUAUGGAUUAUUGUAUGUACGAAAAUACCGAUAUUAUUGAUGUUAGUUUUGAAUUGGGAAAACAACAAUCAAACCAAGAGAAUGGCAGCAACAAGAUGGAUGGGUCAAAGACGAAGAUAGAUUUGGACAAGGUCUCACCAGCAAGAUACGUACAUAUCAAGAAACAUACGGAUGGCAAACAAGACCACGCGAUUGCUCCAAGUCAAGUACGACGUUAUCGAUUGGGAAGGGUACCAGAACCGACAAGGACAGAACAUUAUCAAAGUUACCAAUGGUUUUCUCGUGAAUACAAUCAACGACGUGUGGCUUCUUACCAAGUACUAGCAUAUGAUGUGGAACUUCCAAGAUUCAAUCCUCGCUACAAUCUCAAACCAUAUAGGUUUCUAUGGGGUGUAUGUGAAUCACGUUAUGCACCUUCUUAUGCGUCUGGCACCGUUGUCAAUGGAUUGAUCAAAGUAGACCUCGAUCAACCUCAACAAGUACUUAAUACGGAUAAGCAAAGCACAGCCAAAAUAUGGGACGAACCUGGAUGCUCAUGUGCGGAACCGAUAUUUCUACCUAAACCCGAAAAGACAGCAAAGGAAGACGAAGGCGUUAUAUUGUCCAUUGUGAAUCGACAACAAGAAUGCUUUUUAUUAGUACUAGAUGCUUCGACAAUGACGGAAUUGGCAAGGACUUCGAUUGGCAAAUUUAAUAUGAACACUAUACAUGGUAGUUUUAUGGAUCAACAUGGAAAAGGCGUGGCAGUCAAUUGACGAUAUCAUUCCAUCGUUUUAGUUAUAUGUUUAGUCUAUAUAUUAUAUUUGUUUGAAAAAAAAAAAUAAAAU